CCAGCAUGUUCAGCAUUCAGCACACAGCACUAUUGUUUGUAGGAAGCAUUUGCAUGAUGCUGAGAUAGCUGGAAGGGUUUACAUUGUGAGGGGAGGGCCCUUCUUUCACCAUCCUUUGCGUAAAUGGCUUAUCUCACCUCCACUCAACAAGCCCAGUGUAUGGCCUAGAACUCCCAUCAUACCUGUGCACCAAUUGAGGAGAGACACAUGGGUGGGAAAUUGCAAUAAAAAGACAGCCCACAGCAGGCUGCAUUCCCAUGGCUGGCCAGAGGAGGAGAAACGCUUUGUGUUCUCAUCGGAGCUGCACAGGAAGUCUGCAUACAGCAAAGUGACCUGCAUGCCUCACCUUAUGGAAAGGAUGGUGGGUUCUGGCCUCCUGUGGCUGGCCUUGGUCUCCUGCAUUCUGACCCAGGCAUCUGCAGCGCAGCAAGGUUAUGGAAACCCCAGUGAAGCCAGUUUCUAUGGGCUGGACUUGGACUGCGGAGCUCCUGGCACCCCAGAGGCUCACGUCUGUUUUGACCCCUGUCAGAAUUACACCCUCCUGGAUGAACCCUUCCGAAGCACAGAUAACUCAGAAGAGAAACCGGGGUGCGAUGAGAACAUGAGUGGCUGGUACCGCUUUGUAGGGGAAGGAGGAGUGAGGAUGUCGGAGACCUGUGUCCAGGUGGGCCGAUGCCAGACAGCCGCUCCCAUAUGGUUGAACGGGACCCACCCUGCUCUUGGGGAUGGCAUCAUCAACCACACUGCCUGUGCCCACUGGAGUGGCAACUGCUGUCUCUGGAAGACGGAGGUGCUGGUGAAGGCCUGCCCAGGCGGGUACCACGUGUACCGGUUGGAAGGCACUCCCGAGUGUAAUCUGAGAUACUGCACAGAUCCCUCCACUGUGGAGGACAAGUGUGAGAAGGCCUGCCGCCCCGAGGAGGAGUGCCUUGCCCGCAACAGCACCUGGGGCUGUGUCUGCAGACAGGACCUCAAUAGCUCUGAUGUCCACAGUUUGCAGCCUCAGCUAGACUGUGGGGCCAGGGAGAUCAAGGUGAAGGUGGACAAAUGUUUGCUGGAAGGCCUGGGUUUUGGGGAGGAGGUCAUUGCGUACCUGCGAGACCCAAACUGCAGCAGCAUCUUGCAGACAGAGGAGAGGAACUGGGUAUCUGUGACCAGCCCCGUCCAGGCUAGUGCCUGCAGGAACAUUCUGGAGAGAAAUCAAACCCAUGCCAUCUACAAAAACACCCUCUCCUUGGUCGAUGAUUUCAUCAUCAGAGACACCAUCCUCAACAUCAACUUCCAAUGUGCCUAUCCACUGGACAUGAAAGUCAGCCUCCAAGCUGCCUUGAAGCCCAUUGUAAGCUUCCUGAACGUCAGUGUGGGCGGGGAUGGAGAGUUCAUUGUUAGGAUGGCCCUCUUCCAAGACCAGAACUACACGAAUCCUUAUGAAGGGGAUGUGGCUGAACUGUCUGUUGAGUCCAUGCUCUAUGUGGGCGCCAUCUUGGAGCAAGGGGACACCUCCCAGUUUAACCUGGUGUUGAGGAACUGCUAUGCCACCCCCACUGAAGACAAGGCUGACCCUGUGAAGUAUUUCAUCAUCAGAAACAGCUGCUCAAAUCAACGUGAUUCCACCAUCCACGUGGAGGAGAAUGGGAGAUCCUCGGAAAGCCGGUUCUCAGUUCAGAUGUUCAUGUUUGCUGGACAUUAUGACCUAGUUUUCCUGCAUUGUGAGAUUCAUCUCUGUGAUUCUCUUAAUGAACAGUGCCAGCCUUCUUGCUCAAGAAGUCAAGUCCGCAGUGAAGUACCGGCCAUUGACCUAUCCCGGGUUCUAGAUUUGGGGCCCAUCACUCGGAGGGGUGCACAGUCUCCUGGUGUCAUGAAUGGAACCCCCGGCACUGCAGGGUUCCUGGUGGCCUGGCCCAUGGUCCUCCUGACUGUCCUCCUGGCUUGGCUGUUCUGAGAGCUCCACUGAGCAUCUGGCCUUGAAGUUUGUGUUCUUCCUUCUGGCAAUGGCUCCCUUCGCCACGUCUGCUUUCCACUCCAAUUCACACAGUCUUGGUAUUAACAGACUCAAGGCCAGGCUAGGUUUCGGGAAAGGGAAGAACUUUCACCUUCUUUAAAACUCUCAGCUGGGCGCAGUGGCUCAUGCCUGUGAUUCCAGCACUUUGGGAGGCUGAGGCAGGUGGCUCACCUGAGGUCAGCAGUUCAAAACCAGCCUGGCCAAAAUGGUGAAACCCUGUCUCUACUAAAAAUACAAAAAUUAGCCAGGCAUGGUGGCAGACACCUGUAAUCCCAGUUACUUGGGAGGCUGAGACAGGAGAAUCGCUCGAACCCGGGAGGUGGAGGUUGCAGUGAGCUGAGAUUGUGUCAUUGCACUCCAGCCUGGGUGACAGGGCAAGACUCUGUCUCAAAAAAAAAAAAAAAAAAAAAAAAAAAAAAGGCAACAUAGUGGGGUUCCUGUCAGUCUGUCCUGGGCUGCCCUUCUCAUUUGUUAAUGGGACCUUGAAAGCAAGCUUGCUAGGUGCCCUCUGUGGCUUUAGCCUUUACCGGAAGUGUGGCGCAUGUUUUUAACUCCAGGAAACAGGUGUCCUGUCACUAGGGUAUGGGAUGAGCAUGGAGAAGAAGAACCGGCCAUGAUUCCUUCCUAAGCAUCUCCUGUUCUGACUGCUCAUGAAUUGAAGAGACUGACCCUUGCAUUCAC